ACUAAAACUCUAAAAGCAAUUGUGUGCGCUGCGCUCUUCCUCUUAACAACGUGGGACGCAUAUUGUGAAGCUCGUAUUUAUGAUUGCAAAUGCAAUACCCGCUAAUAUUCCUCUGAUUUAUCUCCGUAAGCCGUCCCAUCUCCGCUUCAAGGUGGUUUGGUGCUCAAACAGCUUCUCGCUCGGGAAGAACAAGGAAAUCGCAGGUGGAAGUGGAGGAGUAGAACGGGACUUUCUCGCCUUCCACCGCUCGACGCACCUCUUCAAAAUGGCCGAUUCCACCGUUGAAAACUCAAAUUCUAGGUUCUCUGCCAAUCUUUCUUCUUCAAUUCCAUCGAGUUAUCUUGAGAGCUUGUCUCUGCAAUCUGAUUGCAACGGGGGCUCUGGAUUCGGUACUGUUCCUCCUGAUUAUGCCGAAAUUAUCGUGGUGCGGCACGGGGAGACUAUGUGGAAUGCUGAUGGAAGAAUUCAGGGACACCUGGAUGUUGAAUUAAAUGAGGUUGGGAGACAGCAAGCAGCUGCAGUUGCUGAUCGACUGUCUAAGGAAUAUAAAAUUUCUGCUAUUUAUUCCUCUGAUUUGAAGCGAGCACUUGAAACUGCACAAAUUAUAGCAGGCAAAUGUGGUUCUGUCGAGGUCAUACAAGACCCAGGACUGAGGGAACGACAUCUUGGGGAUCUUCAAGGUGUAGUAUACCAUGAAGCUGCCAAGUUAAAACCUAAGGCUUUUCAAGCAUUUAUAUCUCACAAAACCAAUCAAGAAAUACCAGGUGGUGGAGAAAGUCUUGAUCAACUUCAUCAACGAUGCACGUCUACCCUGGAAAGAAUCGGCAGGAAGCAUAAAGGAGAUAGAGUGGUCGUAGUCGCUCACGGAGGUGUCAUCAGAUCAUUCUACAAGCGAGCUGUCCCAAAGGGACCAUCUUCAGGGAAGAUACUAAAUACGUCUGUUAGCGUAUUUCACCUGUCAGACAGGGAGGGUUGGCUAAUAAAAUCAUGGGGUGAUGUGAGCCAUCUUAGCCAAACAGGGUUUCUCCAGAACGCCUUUGGAGGUGACAAAAAUUCAGGAUGAUUCAUAAGCUACUAACUCUAGGGUUCUAUUUGAUUUGAUCCGAAACUGCGGACAUAAGUCUCUUUCACUAUGUUUGUGUGCAGAUUAAUCACCCAAAAUGCCACUCAGCCAUUAAGAAACCAAUAAUGAACAACUUAUUCACAACUAGUCAAAGCUAUAAAGUCAUUCACUUAA